GAAAAAAAGGCGCCGGGAAGAAGAAGACAAUCCAGGAGAGCAGAGAAUAAUGGAAAAUGAGUGGACAACUUGCUAUAAACUAGCAGUAGCCAAUACAUAAACCACAGGAUAGGAUUUAUGAUUCCUGAACCAAAAACCACAAUUUCUAUUGUCACUGCAUAACACUACUCGACUACACCUCGAUGUGAUCGUUCAUCUCAGUUACUUUAAACUCCUAAUUAACAAAAGCUUCAUCCUGAGUAAUCAGUAAAAUGGCAGUGUUUUAGUGGCAGUAUAAGCAAAGAGUCUGUAAGGGUUUUCAUCGGGAAGGUAAAGCUUUGCAAAUAACAUGGUCACUCCCUUCUCCUCUGCAAUCACCGCUUGCGAUCUGCAAAUCUUUCUCUCUUCUCUCUCCUCACUAAAUCUAUUUUUCUGUUAAUGACCAUAAAGAUUAAAACCCCAUUUUCAGUGGAAAAAAAUCUGCACAUACAACUUUCUCAGACAACUAUUUAGGAUUUCCCCAAACCAGUAGCAUAAAACUCGGGAGACCACUGCACAGGGAACACUCAAAAAGAGAGAGGAAAGAGACGGAUAGCUCAUGCAAAAGGGUAAAAAUAGGAGGGAGAGAUAUAUAACAAUACUUCGUUUUGUAAGUGUGUGAGAGAGAAAUGGAGGUUGGUGGUUCCAGUAACACUUCAUGUUCGAUAGCUUUUGGGGACAACGUUAAUGCUUUGUGUCCUACGAUGAUGAUGCCUUCGAUGACUUCUCAUAAUGCAGAAAGCAAUGCCCUAUAUCUCCCUCUUCUUCCCACCACCAACAAUCAAAACCUAAAUCUUCACAAGAGCCCUGGUAAUUCUUCUGUCAUGGUUGAAGAACAAAAUAACAUUAGCAAUAAUAACAAUAUUACAAGCACAGGUUAUUAUUUUAUGGGGCCGGGCUGUAGCAAUCACAGCAACAGCAAUGACGGAGAAUGGUCUAUUAAGGCAAAGAUCAUGGCUCAUCCUCACUAUCACCGUCUCUUGACUGCCUAUGUUAAUUGUCAAAAGAUAGGAGCACCUCCUGAAGUGGUGGCAAGACUUGAAGAAGCAUGUUCAUCUGCUGCUGCAAUGGGCCGCAACGGCACAAGCUAUGUCGGUGAAGAUCCAGCACUUGACCAAUUUAUGGAGGCCUACUGUGAAAUGUUGACAAAGUAUGAGCAAGAACUUUCU